AACUUAUGGUUUCAGAUUUCAAAAAGAAAGUUGAUGCAUACCUCAAAAAAAACAACUAAAAAUCAAAUAUAAUGAGUAGUAAAUUAACUUCUUCAUUAAAGGAAUUGGAAUUACUCCAAUAAGUAAAAAAUGAGGAAUUAUUGAAUAAAUCUCUAUGUUCUAACAAGUACACAGUCAAGACUGAAAGUAUACGUUAGAUUUAAUUAAUUCUUAGAAAAAUCCAUGAAGGCCAUGGAAAUAUUUAUUCUUGGAAAUAAUAAGGUUGUUACUAAAUAAGUGAUUUCAAGUGAACUCAUUCAAUAGAGAUUGUUGAAGUAAAUGGAAACAUUCCUAAAGGAUGACAGAUUCAACUAUGAUUUAAAGUACAUUCAUAUUAUGAUUUAGAAUGACAACAAUGAUAGAAUAAUAUGCAGAAAUUGUAAAUAGAAUUCAUGAAAAAGCAUUCACUAUUAAAAUACCAGAAAAGUAUAUCAUAUAAAUGAGUGAUUACAAUGAAUAUUAUUAAAUCAAAGAAGAUACCAUAGAUAGCUUUCUUGAAAAUAAAUUAGAAAUCAUAGCAGAUCAGAUAAUCCAAGAAAUUCAACAAUCAAAAAGAACUACUCCAAAAAUAUUGAGUCAUAAAACUAGUGAAAUUCAUGAACCCAUUGUGUAACCUACUAUCCCUUAAAUCGAGGAUUUGAUUAUGACAGAACCAACCAUUGUUCUUUAGUAAGAAAUAAAUAAAGAGGAGACUUCACAAAUUGAAUAGAUUAUCCCUGAGAAGAAAGUUUCAAAUAAGAAAAGUAGAUAAAGAAAGAAAAAUUAAUAACCUAAAAACGAAAGAAAUCAAUCAGAUUAAUCUAGUCUCUCAGAAAUAAUGGAUUCUUCUUUAAAAAAUUCUACUAUUAAAGAUAAUGAUGAUAAUAGAAGAAGAAAAAAAGAGAAACAGAAAAUUACUGAUUAAGCUCAAAUUGACGAAGAAGAAUAAGACCUGUUACAGAAAGAAAAUGAAAAGCAAAGAAAAUAAAAAAUUAUUAAAAAACUAAGAGAAUUUAAUAAAUUAUUCAAACCAAAUAUGUUUUCAAGAAGAUAAUCUGAAAAUACUGUUUUAUAACUUGAAGAACCAAUUAUCCUUGCUCAACCAAAAUAAGCAGUUCUUAAAACUUUCAGUUUAAGACCUGCAGAUGAUACUACAAAUAUGAAAGAAAUUUAUGAAAUAAUUAGAGCUAAAAAAUAAUAGUUGUACGAAUAUCAGUAAGAGCAAUAAGGAAGAUAGUAGUAAGAGUAGACGAUUGAAAAUACUAUAUAAAAUUAGACUAAAAUCUAAUAAAAACCUCUAAAUUUAAUUGUUAAUGGCAAACAUAUCAGUGAACUAAAGGAAGCAGCAGAAUUAUGGGAUUCGAAAAGGAAUUCUCCAAGGUCCUUCACAAAGUAAAGACAGAAUAUAAAUAAUUCAACAAUUCCUGAGUAAAAAUAAGAAAUAAAAGUUAAUGAAUAAAAAAAUAUAGCGGUAGAGGUGGUAUAAGAGAAUUAGGCCGAUUCUAAAGCUUAGUCAAAUAAUAAUCCUGAUAAUGGUAUUAAUUACUAAGAGGUUAUUAAUCAAAAAUUAAUAAGUAUAGAAGAAAAGUUGAAGUAAAAAUGUCAAGAUAUUUUUGAUAUUUUAUUAGCCUCUGAAUAUGUUUAUGAUGUAAAAAUAGAUGAUUACAAAAUUGGGAAACCCUAUUCAAAUAAAAUCAACCAUCCAAAUUUCAUAUUUUAACAGGAAUAAGAUGAAAUAGUGUUUACUCAUCAGUAACAUUAAUAAUAUAUUUAGGGUCUUAUGGAGGAGAGAAAUACAAUAAGUGAUUCCUAAAAUUAACUCUGUUAAUAAAUAAAUGUAAGUUUAGAUUAACUCAGAAGAUGAGUAUAUUUAAGACAACUAGCAAAUAAUUAGUGAAGAAGAAGAUGAUGAUGAUAAAGAUGAUGAAAACGAAGAUUCGAUAAAUUGA